UUAAGGUUGUGUUGAGGGAGUGUUAAGGUUGUGUCGAGGGAGUGUUGAGGUUGUGUUGAGGUUGUGUUGAGGUUGUGUUGAGGGAGUGUUGAGGUUGUGUUGAGGUUGUGUUGAGGUUGUCUAUUAUUCAGCUUUACAUUUAGCUGAGCUUCACCCUCAGUUUGGUCUGACAGGCACAACUCGUCCCUGUGUUGUAGGGAGGUGGAGUGAGGGUCACGUUUCCCCCUGCUUUCAGUCUUUGUGCUAAGCUAGGCUAACUGGACACACUGGCAUGUGGUUGUGCAGAGACAGAAUGUUUUAGACUUUUAUUUUGUAUAGUGCAUGUUUCCUGUUUGUUAAGGCUCCUUCACCAAAUGUGCACUUUUUCAUUGUGGAAAUGGGCGGAGCUGAGAAUGUAUUCAUCCAUCACCUGACCCCAACACAAACCUGAUUGGCUGUUGCUGUGAUGAUGAAACUGCUGCUGCUGCAGGUGAUUGGUGGAUUGAGUUGUGAAGGUUGUUUCAGAAUAAAAGCUUCUCUAGACAACUCACACACAUUCUUCAUCAGCAGGAUUUCUCAUUUGUAAUAAACUGAUCUGAUCAAUCAAAGUGUUUCUGAUCAAUUGUGUUUACAUUCAUUUUGUUUACAAAGAAAAUCGAAUAAGUCAUUGGUCGUUAGCAACGUUAACCCCCCGCCCGCACACAUCGUCUCAGAACAGCUUGUAUAUGUUUAUAGAUAAAUAGACAAACACACAGAUCAGCUGUUUUAUUUUUGAACUGAUGUAAAUGUUCACAUGAUAGUCUGAGCUGGUCCUGGUGCUGGUCCUGGUCCUGGUCCUGGUGCUGGUGCUGGUCCUGGUCCUGGUCCUGGUCCUGGUCCUGGUGCUGGUCCUUCUGGUGCUGGUCCUGGUCCAGGUCCUGGUGCUGGUCCUGGUCCUGGUCCUGGUCCUGGUGCUGGUCCUGGUGCUGGUCCUGGUCCUGGUCCUGGUCCUGGUCCGUGUGUUUAACCUACUGGAGAUUUUGAAUGAUCUGGGUUCUGUUCCUGAUGAUGAGGGGUUUUAUCCGGUCCAGCAGGGGGCAGCAGAGGUGUUUGGUGGUGGUGGUGGGGGGAGGGGGGGGAGAUUAGGCAGGUGGAGCCAGGUCACGUGACUCCGCCCCUUCCAGCUUCUUGGUCACAGAACCAAACGACUCAGAGAUGAGAGGCCCCUGGUUUGUCUUGUGCAGAGGAUGAGUUGGACCGUGAGGUGCAGGAGGAUCAGGAGCUGGAGGAGAUCAGCAGGAGGCUGAUCAUCCAGGAGGAGCUGCUCUUCAACUCUUCCUCUGAGGACGAGGACCAGCUGCUGAGAGAAUUCGAAGCUCUGAAGCUGAAAAUAUGGAUGGCCAUCCACAAUACCUUCCCCUUGUCCUCGUCCUCAGGACAGCUGGAUGUCCUGAGGAGUGCCGUGGCUUCCAUCCAGCAGCAGGAGGCGCAGGACCAGCGCUGGACAUGUCGUCCUCACGACAGACUCCCAGUGUGGCGUCCUCUUAAUUGUGUCAGAACUCACAACACUCUGCUGCAGAACAUGGUGGCGUCCAGACUGACGAAGGCUGCAGAGGACGAGUUGAGUGGAACCCACAGCCUGUCCUCACCCAUGAAAAGGCAGGUUUGUCGUAUGGGGAAACGUGUGAAGGACGACCUGCUGACGGUGGCGAGGACGGUGAAGGAUUGUUACCCUCCACACAUGGACAUCUUGAACAUCUAUGCUGGAUUCUACCAUCAGAGGUUCUCUGCUCGACUCACUGAACUCGCUGCUUCUGCUCUGGGAAUAGACGACUGCAGCUACCUGCUGCUCUGGGUCAAUGACUGCUACCCACAAACAGUUCUGAAACACGAGGACCUGGAUGGACAGAUAAAGACGGCCUGUCUGGGUUCUCUGCUGCGGCAGGACCACCUGGAGCCGCUGGAGGAACAGUACCUGAGCCACAAAGAGGACCAAGUGAAGCUGUGGCUGAGAACAGCCUUAAAGAUAGAAGAGGACAGCUGGUGGAGCGGAGACACACCGGAGAUCAUCGACACCUACUACUUCAGUCCACUGGCUGCUGAUGUCAUACAGGUGAUCAACAGCUCAGUGACUGAGUUCCAUCAUGUGAUCAGAGACCAGAGCAGGAUUCAGAGGAUCACAGCUCACCUGGAGAGUUUCCUCCACAGCUAUGAGACGAGCAUGAAGGAGUUUGUGAGGAGAAACCAAGGUAACAUGGACUCAGUGGUCAAAGCUCACCUGGUCUGUGAGCAGCAGUUCAGGAAAUACAUCACAGAUCCGACAGGAAGUCUGACUGGGCAGCAGCAACGUCACUGUCUGGACACUCUGUCUGCCCUGAGGGAUUGUGGGUACAGGUAUUUUACCUGUCCCAUUCGCAUGCUGCUGAAGGUGUGUUACAGUCACCUGUGGACGUCUGUGUGGUUGGACGGGGAACUUCCUGUUGUCGACUCUUUGCUGAGCUCUCUGAGCCGGCAGCUGAUGGCCCUGACUGACCUGAACGCAACGUGCAGAGAGUCUCUGCUGACCGUCGUCCACCAGGAAGUGGUUCUUCAGUACGUGAAGAGGAUGAUGAAGACCAAGAUGAAGAAAAGAGAGCAACAGGUGGGCGGAGCCCAGCGGAUGAAAGAAGACGCUCAGAAGAUCAACGACUUCUUCAAAGAUGGGGGCUGCAGCGCCCCCUUGUGGCUCGGCGACGUUCUCUGUCGCAUUGCGGAGGUUCUCCGUCUGCAGGAUCCAGGAAACGUUCAGCUGGAGCUGGUCAGUCUGGCUAGAACGUUCCCCGACCUCAGUGACGCUCACGUGUCAGCGCUGCUGUCUCUGAAAACCGGCCUAUCAGCUGCGGAUGUUCGCUCCAUCCGGCGGAACCUGGAGGAGAACCGCCUCCUCGAUGUCUCCACCAGUCACAGCCCUCCAUUCUUCUCCAAGGUCAAAGUCAAAUGGAUCAAUAAUAAGAUCAAUCAGAUCCGACUGUAGAGCUGAACUGAGCCUGUUAGCAUGUUAUCGUAAUCAACAAACUGUUUUUAUUGUUUCUUUUAUUUGUCCCUUUGUGUUCCAGUGUUGCUGCUUUAUCAAGUUAAUAAAUGUAGACAUUUUGUUUUAAAAGUAGUUUCCUGUGGUUACAGGCGGCCAUGUUGAAGGAUAGACAGCUGAACAGACAUUUUGCUCAUUUGAAGAGUCAAAGAUGGCUUGUGCAAGUCAGAUGGAACCUGGUUCCUCAUCUCACAUGUGGUGUUCCUCAGGGCUCUGUCCUGGGUCCCCUGUUCUUCUGUUCGAACUGUAGCUGUUGUGUUCUCUGCUGUGUGAUCAAUCCAGUUUAUUCUAAUUCGAAUAAAAAGCAUCACAGGAAAUGGUUUCACCAA